GCAUGAAUUAUUCCACAUUUCCACACACAAAUUAAACUAGAAUUGUAAAGGAAAUAAUUCGAUCUCCUCCGAUCUGAUACUCUUCUUCUCCAUCUUCCUAAAACAAAUUAGUAAAAAAAAAUGGAGGUGGAGAGAGUGCAAGCCGUGGCGAAUUCCCUAUCAAAGAUGACGGCGGACACUAUCCCGGCGGAGUACAUCCGGUCGGAGAAGGAGCAGCCGGCGGCGACGACCCUCCAGGGCGUGGUUCUUGAAGUGCCGGUGAUCGACAUGAGCGAUCCGGAGGAGGAGAAGGUGGUGGAGAUGAUAGCGGAGGCGAGCAGAGGGUGGGGGAUCUUUCAGGUGGUGAACCACGGCAUACCCGACGAGGUGAUCCGGGAGUUGCAGAGGGUGGGGAAGGAGUUUUUCGAGCUCCCUCAGGCGGAGAAGGAGGCGGUGGCUAAGGACCCCGCCGGCGGGAGCAUUGAGGGGUAUGGGACCAGUUUGCAAAAAGAUGUGGAUGGGAAGAGGGGUUGGGUUGACCACUUGUUUCAUAGGAUUUGGCCACCUUCUGCGGUUAACUACAAAUUCUGGCCUAAAAACCCUCCUUCUUAUAGGGAAGCAAAUGAGGAGUACGCGAAGAAACUACUUGAAGUGGGGGAUAGACUGUUUAGGAGCUUAUCCAUCGGUCUUGGCCUCGAGGCUCAUGAGUUAAAGGAAGCGGCAGGAGGUGAAGAUAUAAUUCACUUGCUGAAAAUCAACUAUUACCCGCCAUGUCCUCGACCAGAUUUGGCCUUGGGAGUGGUGGCCCACACCGACAUGUCAGCAAUCACCAUUCUUGUACCCAACGAGGUCCAAGGGCUCCAAGUUUUCAAGGACGAGCAUUGGUACGAUGUUAAGUAUAUUCCAAAUGCCCUCAUCAUCCAUAUCGGUGACCAAAUUGAGAUUUUGAGUAAUGGGAAGUAUAAAAGUGUGUACCACAGGACAACAGUGGACAAGGAAAAGACAAGAAUAUCCUGGCCUGUCUUCUUGGAGCCACCACCUGAAUUUGAAGUUGGGCCCAUUCCAAAGCUUAUUGAUGAGAAUAAUCCACCAAAACAUAAGACCAAAAAGUACAAGGAUUAUGCUUAUUGCAAGCUCAACAAGCUUCCUCAGUAAUGAAUUGAAGUCCCUCAGCUCCUUAUUAUAUUUCAUUUGUCUAAUAAAACACUGGCCUUGUUUGUAUUCCAUUCCUUGAUAAACUUAUACUAAAUAUGCUCUUUUUUAUUUUAAUGGUU